CUACAAGAAAAGUAGUCUACCACAACAUCACAAUAACAACAUGCUCUAAAUGUUCGUUGUUACUUACAGUAUUCGACAACGAGCAAAUAAUGUGCGUUGUAGUAAAUCAUUUAAUACCACACGCGUCAUUUGCACGUUGUUAAUUUGGUUAUCAACAAUCUACUUUGCGUGUUGUUAUCUGCAAGUUGUCAAUUAAGUUAUCAACAAGCAGGUGUGCACGUUGUUGAAAAUUUUUCAGAAUGACAAUAUGUGGCGAACGCUGUCAAAACUUUGAGAUAAAAAAAAAAAAAAAUUGGUGAGGGGAGCUGUCCGUUUUAUUCUAAAUUUUAGGAGAAAUUUGAAAUUUGGUUGACCUACCUUUUACAAAGCCACUAAACGCCCUAGUCGAAGCCAAAACUCAUUUCCCGCCACCAAAAGCUCUCGCCUCAGUCGACGGUGACCUUCAUAAUGUUCGACGGGCUCGGAGCCACCUAGUCGUUUCAGACUUCAAGCAGUCCUUCCCUCCCGCCAUCAACUCGUCUCCAGCGUCUCUCAGCUCAGCUCAGCUUCUCUGUCUUUGGUUCCCUUCUGAAGCUCAAGCUCAAGCUCUUUCUCAAGAUCAGCUCCCUUCGAUUCCUGCAAUGCUUCUCCGAUUCUGAUUACAGGUGUGGUCCUUGAAUGAUUAUAGCUCCAAAAUAUAUAGAAUUGUCACAGAAAUAUCACGAUAUUAUAUUCUUGAAGCUUGAUCGUGACCAAGAAAAUAAGGGACCUUCUCAACAGAACAUAAACUUAGAGAAAAUGAUAAAUGCACAUGCAACUACUUCUCAGUCACAACAAUCAAGUAGACCAAUCAAUGCUCCAAGCAAUGAUCUUGAAAAUAGAAGAUGUGCACUUUUGAAUUGGAACAAUUAUGAAGAAGAUGAAGUGGUGGCUGAAGGGAAGAUCUCUUCAACAAAUCCAAGUACAAAAGUUCAUUGUGUGCCUCUUGGACGAGAUUGUUGGAAGGUUUGGGUUGACGUGGUGUUUGAUGAGUAUCAGACUAUGGAAGUGUAUAGAGCAACCAUGGAUGCCAAACAACUUGGUGAAGCUGUAGGAAGUACUCUUGCAUGGCCCAAAAGCUCCAUUAAAAUGCUCCCUUAGUAGUUGAAGUAGCAGGUACAUUUUGCUUUACUAGAGAAUUUAUGUAGGUGAGGGAGUACCAUGCAUGUUUUGUCAAUGCUGAUGAACAAAGAAUCCAGUACUUUGUCAUGCUUGUUUUGUAAAGAACAUAUGUAUAAGAGAAUGUGGCACUCCUAAUGAAAUGUAAAUUUUUCAUACAUGGUUAGUGUGUACUAAUAUUGGCAUGUGAAUGAGUUUAAGUAAUGGUGAAUGUUUAGAGGUACAGGAAAGCAUAACCCAGCAAAUUGGGUGCAAUAGUAUGUACUGAAAUUUUAUAACAACGUAUCCAUUAAUAUGACAACGUACCGUGUAUGCUGUCUAAAAUUUAUGACAACGUGCAGAGAAUGUUGUUAAAACUUACAACAUGCGCUUGAAACGUUAUCGAAAAUUUAUGACAACGUGCAUAGCUCAUUGUUGAAUAAUUACAACAACAUGCUUCGCCUCUUUUCGACAACGUUCAAAGCUCGAUGUUAAGGACUCGGGGACUUUUAAUGACUUUGGCAUCUACAACAUGCGGCAAACGUUGUCAAAAGUUAUUGACAACGUGAAUUGCAUGUUGUUAAAUAUGUUUUUUCUUGUA